GACAAACAGAAACAUGUUUACGCACACGCGUUAGCAGAAGGCAAACUAGCUGAGUGUGUGGCAGAGCAGAGGUGAGAAAUCAGUUGCUUUUGUGACUUGCAAACCAGGUACUGAAUUAAGAAGGCACAGCAACAUCAAAGUUAUACUUUCACUUUUCGUCAGAAAAAGAAAUUAGAGGAAGCAUAAUUUGGGUUAGACAAAAUGCAGAACGUCAGCCGCAGCCGCAGGACAGAAAAGUGUGAAAACCAAAAAAGCUUUUCCUGCUUCUUAGCUUUUUUCCCCCUUAUCUGCUGCUAGACCUUGCUACGCGUCCACCGUGUAUGCACACGAGUGCCUUCUCUGAGGCGACAUGGAGCAGGAGGGGAGGCUGGUCCAGUCUAUUUACUACGGGAGAAUCGGAAGCGAGGCCGCAGAGAGGCUGCUGGAGAGGUUUGGACGUGAUGGCAGCUUUCUGCUGAGGGACAGUGAGACUGUGCAGGGCGCCUACUGCCUGUGUGUGAGGAAAGCACCUUUUGUGCACACCUACAGGCUUGCACACUCCGCCGACGGUUGGUUUCUUCAAAAUUCAAGAGACAGACCGCAGAGAUUUAGGACGCUUGAAACAUUGAUAGAAAGCUACAGAAGGAGUGCAGCCUCUGGUGUCGGAAUAGCCCCCCUCACACAUCCAUUGGACAGAACAGAGCUCAAGUACAUCAGCUCUGGACAAGAGUUUGCCUACAUGGAGAUGAGCAGCAACAGCAGCUCUGCCUACUGAGGCUGUGCUUCUAGACUGGCGGACCAGCGGCGUCAAUCAGACGGACAAACUGCAGAUGAGAGAGCCGUGCAGUAUGUGGCAUAUCGAGGAUCUGCGUACUCUCUGCCAUAUCUAUUUUUAUCCAUAUUUGUGUCACCUUAGUAUCAGUUUCAAAAAAUUCUCACAAGAUUAGGAAAAAGUGGCCACUGUAGUGUAUAAAAAAACUGUGCCAGAUUCGAGUAUUUCACCAAGUACUUGAGACCCCCUGAAAGUCAUUAAAACGUUUUGGAUUUGUUGCCAGAUUGAGUGUAGCAAUAUAUCGUAUUUCUGCAGAUAUAUCAAAUACUAUCUCUGUUGCUGUGGUUUCCUUUUGGCAGAAAGACACAUCUUGCAUAUGUGGUCUGUCAUUUUUUUUUUCGUGUAUGAGGAAGGGUGUGUUUGUCAGUUUGCCAAGACACAACAGAUUCCACCAUAGUGGCCUCAGUCUUAAUCAUCUGGUCGUCUGUGUAUAUUAUGGUGUUUUUUUUUUCCAUAAGGGAAACCAUUUACAUGGUUUUGGUCAUGUAUUGUAAUACUUUCUUUCUACACAGACACAGAGUUGAAUGGUUUUUGUGGAGAGGGCAUCUGUGUGGUUUAUCUGCAGAUUGUUGAUCUUAUUUGAAGACGCUAUAGCAGGGUGGCCUCACUGAGUGUAACACCACAGGAACUGUGUUGUUACGCUCUGACUGUGACUGCGAUGUAGCAGUGAAAGAAAGGCAGACCGUAGGAUUUAUUUUGGGCACACUUAAUUAUUUAGGUUCUUUCGCAGUCACUGGAAAUAUCCAAUCUACAAGCUGAUUUUCAGGUCGUACAACAAGCUCUUAAAAAAAAACAUGCUCUUCACAAAAACUAGAUGUGUGUGCAUUGUUCUCAGCAUACAGUAUUCCAGUCAACGUAUUUUGUGCAAAAUAAAAUACGUGAUGCUGCAGUUAAACAACUUUAAACCCGUGGCCGCUGCUUCUUAGGAAGUAGCAUUGUUAUCUUCCCUCACCAGAGACUUGAUCGCACGUGAUUACUCUCAGUCUCAGAGAGCUGCAACAGUACGGCAGGACUGAGUUACUCUCAUUUGAGUCCGAGUCGGGGCCCACUGCUGCUGCCAAAAGCUCUCCUUUGCUUUGUUAACUGCAGUUGUUCUGGUCAUUGUUGCUGUAAUAUUUUAAUUUUAAUAAUAACUUUGUAUGGACAAUUUUCUCUCUCUAGUUCAUUUAAUCAACGAAUAGUUCAGGCCACAGUCUUAUCUCUGUGCAAUAGUGAUAUUAUUCACUGUACGUGCAUUUCAGUCUUUUUUUUUAAUCAAAGCUCUCUGAGAUUAAUAUGGCUUUAGAACUGUUACAAGAGUGUGGCUUGGCAUUGCCUGGUAUUGUCUUCUCAUCUGACUCUCUGCCAGUAAGCAAAUAAACAAAUUUCAUAAAAUAUCAAGGGUAAUUAAGCCUUUAUCCAAUUUUGUUGUGAUCAUAUUUUAUUUAAUGUUGUUGCCCCCCCCCCCCUUUUUUUUCUUACCCUUCUCAUAAGUUAGGUUUUUUUUCAGUUUUGUAAGUUUUAAUGUUUUCUAAAUGUUGGAUUUUUGCUUUUGCUGUUAUUAUCCUGUAUAAACAGGGCCUCUUUAAUGAAGCCUGUAAACUGCUGUCA